AUGGCACCGUCAGGGUGCAGGAGGUUCUCUGAGCACCUUCCCGAUAUGGAUUUGGCCUUCAAUUUGAACGAUGAGCCUCGUGUUGUAGUGCCUUGGGAGAGAAUGGCUGAACUACAGAGCCGGGCUAAAUUGCCACCACUUUUAUCUAGUGACAAGCUCGCAAACGAGUGGUCGACAGAUCGUGAAACAGGAUGGGCCCCCUUGGAGCCAGCAGAUCAAACACUCGAGACCAUGUUCGCGGAUAAGUCUUUUCAAAGAAUAUUUGACCCGUAUGUCGUCCCAGCUUGCCCACCCGGAUCAAAAGCGCGAUCCCAACGGAUAUGGGACAGACGAAACCUGUGUCUCGGAUGUCUUCGCCCACACUCAAUGGGUCAGUUUCCCACGGAUUGGGGAGUUUCAACCGACAUCUGCCAUCAGCCUGAUCUUGCUGACCUGCAUGGUCUCCUCCUAUCUCCCGCGUCAUUCAAAGUUACACAGGAACUAGUGCCAGUUUUUAGCCAGAGUUCUGUCUCUGUUUUCAACGACAUCAUCUUUCCGAGCCCUUGGAAUUACGUCGAUAAAAUAAGCUACGGGCCUUCCCCUGAGCACCCGGAUGCCAAAUAUUCCGACAAAGAGAACACUCUCUUCUGGAUCGGAAGCACAACAGAAGGCGUCAGCAAUCAGGGCAAAUGGAAAGGAAUGCCCCGGCAGCGCCUUGCACACCUCGUCAACAACAACACAUACAACUACGUCUCUGUCCUUCUCCCCACGGAAGAACCGAAAACAUACUCCUACCAGGUAUUCAACGGACGAGCCCCAAUCCAAGAUCUUGGUCUCAGCGCCUCCGUCAGCAUCACAGAACCCAUCGUCCGCUGCCGAGACAAUGACUGCACCGACCAAAAGGACGAGUUCAGCCCAGGUGGCCGCGUCGAGUUCCAAGACCACUGGAAAUACCGCUACCUCUUCGACUCUGACGGUGCAGGCUUCAGCGGCCGCUUUCUCCCCUUCCUACAGAGCCGCAGUCUGCCCUUUAAAACCGGUCUGUUCAGACAGUGGCUCGACUCCCGCGUCACCCCCUGGCUUCAUUACGCACCCAUCGAUAUUCGUCUCCACGGCCUAUGGAGCACACUCGCCUACUUUAGUGGCGUGGACGCGACAGUUGAUGGCAAUCGCAGGAUCGAGAUGAGACGCCAUGAUAUCCAGGGUCAGUGGAUCGCCGAGCAGGGACGCAAAUGGGCGGAGACCGCCCUGCGUAAGGAAGAUAUGGAGAUUUACUUCUUCCGGCUUCUGCUUGAGUGGGGGAGGUUGACUGAUGAUAGGAGGGAUUCAUUAGGCUUUACACUUGAUUCCUAA